AUGGGUCAGGCCUUUCGUCGAGCAUCUGGAAGAAUCCGAGCACCACCGGACCCACCUCCAUAUGGCGUCACUGAUCGGAGGCCGCCGGUCAAUUCCAUCGAAAAGGUUGAGAUCUCAAGGAGCACCAGCGCCGACCAGUUUAACAACCAUAACGGUCUUGGCUUUGAUGAUGCUCCAAGAAUUAAUCCUGACAAUGCCCUUGAAGAACGAGAUUCUCGGUAUGAUGCAAUGCUUAGUCAAAUGGUGGGUAGAAUUAAAUCUAAGCCCGGAGGAAAGCUUGAAACUGGUGACGCACCUGUGGUGGAAAGGUACAAUAGGCCCAUGCCAAAGCUGAGAAGCACAAAACCUGAUUCUGGCAGCAAUGAAGAAAGAGCUGUUGCUCCGGGAACUCUGAAUGUGUCACAGCUGCGCCACAUCAUGCUCAUGUAUCAAGGCAAGGCUGAUGAUCAUGAAGGACCUAUGAACGCCCAGCAAAUAGCAGAUAAGUUUCAACUUGAAGUUGCACAAGUUCAGAGGGUCUUGCAGUUCUUAUCAUUGCCUCCAGAGGAUAACAACAAACAGAAAGGCAAUUGGUGA